CCAUCUUAAGGCAGUUUGAUUUUAGACCUCAGAAAGUUGCAACAGAAUAUGGCAAAUAUGCAAAAUUUUCAAACUUCCUUCUGGUUUUUUUUUCCCACAGUGUAAAGAGCAGUAAUGGCGGUGCAGAGUUUUGUCCUUCUGGUGAUUUUUCUCAGUAAAUGUCUUGGUCAUACUGAGUUUAUUUAUACAACAAAGAAUGAAGUAAAAUUGUUCUGCAACACCAACAAAUGGCAAAUAAGCACAGAGUCUGACAGCAGAAUUGAUGUGGAUUGCUCAGUGAAGUGUGUUCCUGGUGAACAGCUCAAACUUAACAAUAUCCAGAAAUUCUGUACAAAUGACGAUUUAGAUAAAGUUGAGGAAAAAUAUCUACUAAUAGCAACCAGUGGAUUAUUUCGAUGUGUCACUGCUCUGGAUUCUAGUUUCUUGUAUCCAUUCGCACCGUCUCCCAACACUGUCACCUCAUACAUAGUCGCCACUGCAAAUGAACUCAUAACAAACAAGUCUGUGGAAAUAUCUUCAGUCGUGCUCACUGAAGGUGAAGAUGUGCUUUUAAACUGCAGUUUCAACCGUACAGAAGGAUAUGACAAUAUAGAUUUUUCUGUGUACUGGAUCAAGACCAUUGAAAAGAAAAGUAUCUGUGUUUAUUCUUAUGAUUUUGAAAUCGCUUAUGGUAUAAAGUACAAUUUUAAAUGCAAUGUGCAAGAAGAUCUGCUUCAAAGGUUCUCAAACCAAACUGAUGGCAGAAACAUUCAUAACAUCAGGAUCAGUAACGUAACAGAGUCAGAUGCUGGACAAUAUCUUUGUGCUUUACGAGUGAACACAACUAAUAAAGCCACAGGAAACUGGAAGAUCAUAAGUAAUGUUACAGUCAGUGUACAUAAAGGAUCUGAGGACAAAGGAUCUCAAAUAUCUGGAAACAGUUUUGAAACCAUCACUUUAUGCACCACAAUUCCCAUACUACUGGUUCUUGCUAUAUCUAUUGUGGGGUUUAUUUGGAAAAAGAAUAAAAAACCCCCAGGCUCUCAGGUGAUUGAACUACAAAGAGACCAACAAGGGGGUGAUAUGGAAGAAAUGGCUGAUGUGGAAUGUUCUCCGUAUGCUGUAGGGUGGGGAGAAGAGGUGAUUAAGUUCAAAUGCAAGCAGGAUGCUUUAAAGCAGAAAGACCAAGAAGAAUCCACAGACAUCUAUUCAGUUAUGAAGCAGAAUGACUUGUAUGAACCCGGACUUGUAUGAAGGUAUUUUAAUGCAUGCAACUUUUUUUUCCUUUUCUGAUCGAAGAGUGAACAUAUUACUGAGGGGAAAUAUAUAUGUCAUGUGUGGAUUAGAAUCUAGCAAGCCAAAGUUUUAGAAUUAAUGUUGUCAUUCAUCUCAUGGUCUUCCUUCGAGUCUAGCAAUCAGAUCUUCUAUACUGUAUCUUUCAUAUUUUAAGAUUUGUUUAGUGAUGUACUGUAUUUAUUUCUGGAUUGUCUACUGUUCAAAAGUUGUGCUGUUUUUUUUCUCAGUAUUUUACAUUGCAAGAAUGUUUCAUUGUUUGAUUCAUGUCUCUCUGUAAUGAAGAUGAAUAUGUUUAUGAAUAAUAAAUGUAGAAUUUGUUUCCUA